ACAGAUAGGUUACUUAUAGGGCUCGGCCUCGGCGCGCGAGAUGCGCGGCACGCCGCGCGAGUGCUUCACGCGGAAGGCCGCGAGCGCGACGCCGAACGCCUGCAGCGCGGACAUGGGGUGCCGGAAGUCGAGCGCGAACGUCUUCGGCGCGAGCUUGCCGAGCUGGAACACGGCGGCCUCGGCGUCGUCGCGCCGCUUCGGGUCCCGGAGCGCCUCCGCCGUGUAGACGAGAAAGUUUUUCGAGGACGACGCGCGCACGCGCUUCCGGCCGAAGUGGAGCGACAGGCAGCCGAGCUGCCGGUUCCAGACGGGCAGCUUCGAGUGGAGCGCGACGCGCGUGGCCGCCGUCUGCGCGGGGGUCGCGUCGUCCUCCGCGCGCCGGCCGGCGCGCGGGCUGAAGGCUGAAGGCCGAAGGCGGACGCCGGGCGCGGACGGGCUGGCUGUUCCAGUCGUGCGUGUAGUGCGCCGUCGGCGCGGACUCGGGCAGCGCGAUGGCGAGGCGCCGGAGCUCGGCGCCCUGGCGGUCGCACCAGACGCUCGAGGGCCGCACCUCGCAGAGCGGCCGCGCGGCCCGGCCGCGCUGCGCCGAGACCAGGACGAGCUCGAAGACGGGCGCCUUGUUCCGGCCCUCGCGCGGCGCGACGACGGCGACGACGUUCUUCGGCGCGGCCCGCGCCGCGGCCUGCGCGUCGGCGAAGGGCCGCGGGAGCGGGAGCCGCGUGCUGGCGACGAAGGCCUCGGCCGUCGACACGUAGCAGACGCCGCCGACGACGCGCGCGCCGAGCAUGAACGCGCCGUCCUCGGCCCGCAGCUCGAAGCGGUCCUUGCGCGGCCGCGACACGCGGCAGGGCACCCAGUUCGGUCGCCGCGGUGUCGGCACGGGGCUCGGCGUCAGCAGCGCGGGCGACACGAACUCGUGGCUCUGGCCGGCCUCGAGGGCCUCGAAGUCCUCGAAGGCGAUCGGGCCCACGGGGCUCUUCGAGGGCGGCGCGGCCUUGAAGCCGGCCAGGGCGAGGGCCGCCAUGCCGAAGCGAGGGCUGAGCCCAGGCCUUCCAGUGAGCCUGCUCCCAAAACGCUGCCUUUCGCGUCGACGACGCGCGCGCUGCCGAGGACGGGGCCUGGCCCUCCCAAACGACUGCGAGCUGGCAGCCGCGCCGCUCUCGUGCCGGAUUGGAGGCUCGAC